AUGGCACAGGGUUCAAGUAGACGACUUGAAGAGCUGCCAGUGGAGCUGCUUGAAGCCAUUCUCGCUGCCGCGCCAGACAUUACGACCCUGGAGGCCGCCGCCAUGACCGGACCAUGCCUGUACAACGCUUUCAAAGGAGCAGAACAGUUCAUCGUACGACCAGUCGUGCUGCGCCAGUUUGAUCCUUCCCUGAUUCAUGAUGUCCUAGCGACCCACGCAUCCAACAAAAUUGACCAUCGGUCAACCGAACAAGUCGAAACCUUCAUGGUGCCAUACCUUGCACGCGAUCAACAUUAUUUCGAAGCCUCUAUGGAUUGGAGGCUCUCUGAGGCUCUCUUGAUCGAUAGACUCGAUAAGGCCGUGAAGUAUUUGGUUGAUCGAUUGGCUGCAGAGGCUCUACCAGUACCUUCUACUUCAGCCAGCCAGAACCUCUCCUCAUUUUUACCGCCCUCCAAGACAGAGAGAAACCGGAUUAGCCGAAGUCUGUACCGGUUUCAUGCAAACUGUAACCUACAGCAAGAGUGGGACGCUAUAGCAGCGCGUUCGGCAGGCUUUGCACCAUGGGAAAACGAACAACUAUACUGCAUCUAUGACUUCUUAAUGCGCAUGGUUAAGCAAGAUAUAGCCUUUCAUAACUAUCUCCAGUUUCACCUAUCAUUGGGUCUUACUCAUGUGCGGCGGUUCGCCCUUCAAAAUGAAAAACAGUUGCAACAGAUCGUGCACGUAACACGCGCAACACCACGAAUUGAUCAACUACUCAGUUUUCUCUAUAAUGGGUUACAUCCGGUGUCACGGUGGCCACCCUUGGAACAUGCACUUGGAGACUUCGAUGCCGAGGACGAAAAAAAGUACAUCCCCCAGCCAUGGUACCACAACCCGGACAGCGGGCCAGAAGACAUCUGGCGCUGGGCCCAUCGAGAUGAAGAGGCAGGAGGCUUUGUUGGUAACUUUGAUCAGGCUGUGCUCCGUCAGUGGGCAUAUGUGAUGUGGGAUCGAGGCCGAAUUGACGGAUGGUUUGUUUUUAUCAGACCGUGGGUGUCAACUUCUCGAAGGUAUUUGGAACGUCUAGGACAAGACUCAGAUGAGCUCCUUUCUGAUGGCCUCGAGCCGGAGAUGAGAGAGCGGCUCCUUCUUCGUCACCGUAGAAUCGGCCUGAAAUUAUAUGACCCAGAGACCUGGGCUUGCAGGGUUAGGACGAUUACGGGGUUCUCUUGA